UUUUGCACAUUCAUUCCCAGUAACGAGAUUAACAGACUUAGCUCUCAAUAUCCAUAUACAUCUCCUUAAAUUAACUUCUCUGUUUUCUCUCUGUUCUGUUUUUUUUUUUUUUUUUUUUCCUCUCUCUUUUUGUGAAAACCAUGUCGAAAAGCUUGAGUUUCUUUUUGUUGUUUCUUUUGGUGAAUUCCACAUUGGUUGCCAUAGAAGGCCGACCUUUGAAUAUCAUAAAAUGGGGAAGCCAUGGUGGUAAAGGAGUCGUGGGUGGUUUCUUUGAUGGGUUAACUCUCGGAUCCAUUAAAGAAUCGGGUCCGAGCCCGGGUCAAGGAAAUAAAUAUACAGAUGCUCACACCCUUGGAGGAAGAAAAAAAUCUGGUCAGAGCCCAGGCGAGGGACACAAAUACACAAACUCUCACACGCUUGGUGGAAUAAAGGCGGGUCCGAGCCCUGGUCAGGGUCACAAAUUUACAAACGCUCAGACACUUGGAGGAAUCAAGGAGUCUGGUCCAAGCCCUGGUGAAGGCCACAGCUCUGUGUUUGGUGUGUGGUCUCUUGGUUCCAUCAAACAAUCGGGUCCAAGUCCGGGUCAGGGAAACAAGUUCACAGACUCCCGAACACUAGGAGAUAAUAAGGCAGGACCUAGUCCUGGUGGUAAGGGACACUAGAGCUAGCUAGCCACCAAUAUUUUUAGUUUAUAAAAAUGUGUUUUUGGCAAAUUAUAACCUUUGUUCUGCUGAUUAUAUUAGUCAAUAAAGUGUAAAAUAUUGGUCCCUUACAAUAGCCCAAUUGACGAUGAUGGUGAUAAUCUUCAAGAUCCGGGUUCAAUACAAUUCUGGAAUAAAAUUUAUUGGUAUCAUAUCUCUUUCUAAUUUAUUGUUUUUGUGAUGAAAAACAUUGUUUAAUAUAUCAUGUUUAUCAAGUUUAUUAAGCAA